AUGGAUACUUUCCCUUGCGAAAUUUUGACCCGCGUAUGCUACUAUGCCUGCACUGAUGGGGGCCAAACAGGGCGUUCUAUCUCUCUUGUCAGCAAACGGGCGCAUCGCCUUGUCAAGCCCUUCCGAUUGAACUCGCUUUGUGUAACUAGUGCAAGGCAGAUUAUCGGGUUGAGAGAACAUUUGGAC